UAUAAAGAAGGGAGUUGUCCUUCACUCCGUGGAACAUAACUACAGUAAUUAAAUUGUAAAGAGAGAAGGACAAAGCCAUUUUAAGUGCAGGCGGACAAAAGUCCUAAAGAAGUUGAAGGUAGCUUGCCCAUCACUUCGAGCCGACACGAGUUUGCUGAGCGUCUGAGGACAAGCGGAAGAUGACGGUGGAGAUGAUGAAGGUGGAGAUGAUGAAGGUGGAGAUGUGGAAGGUGCACUUCAUGCUGCAGCUGGCGCUGGAUGACAACAUGGCGAUUUCAACACCUCCAAAUGUGGACAUUCAGCAGGUCUUGGACCAGUUACAGCCGCAACAACGAAACAUGAUCAAGGCUAAAUUGAAUGCAGAUGAACAGAAGAAGCAAGAGCACAAACAGGAGCUCGCAGUACUCAAGCAACAGCUCGAAGAAGCCGAGCAAAAGCUGGAAGAAGCCCAGCAACAGCUCGGAGAAGCCCAGCAACAGCAACCCCCUCAAGUUCCAGGAAAGGGCGAGGAUGAAGAUGGCGGGGAAGAUACCAGCCAGUAA